UCUUAGGUAUAUGCUGCUUUUUCCCAGCAAUCCACCAGCUGCACUUCCUGAUACACCUGUUUGUCAGGUAGGACAGUGUGCAGCGCAACGGAGAGUCUGAGUCAUGACAAAAUAGACUAUGGACGGAAUUUUACCGAAGCUUUGACGUAAUUGGGACUUUUUUUGUAUCGUCACGCGAGUGAAACCGUUUUCACAUCUAAAAUGCGUCGACUGCGCCACAGGAUUACCGCUCUGAAUGUUGUUUUGCUGCUGUAUUUGAUCGGUUGUUUCGCCCCUUCCCUAGUCUCCUCCAUCACAGUGAAUACUCCAGCAGAGCUCCAUGCAUCCAAAGGGGACACCGUCACGUUGUCCUGCACUUUCACUUCCACCAGUAGGCCGACCAGUAUGAUGACUGUGGACUGGUCUUACAGGCCCCAGAGUGGAGGACCACCACAGACAUUUUUCCACUUCUCCUCACGGGCGUUCCCUAGUCUUGAGGGUCAGUUUGCUGGUCGUAUCCGGUGGAAGGGAAUCCCUGCACGUGGGGAAGCCUCCAUCUCUCUGAUCAACGCCACGCUGAAUGAUAACGGGACCUACACAUGCUCAGUCAGAAACCCUCCCGAUGUCCACGGGUCCCCGACUUCACACACCGUACUCACUGUCACACCAAAGGCGCCCAGCAUUCGCUUCUCUGAUGUUGCGGUCCUUCUCGCUUUCAUCCUCCUCCCCUCCGCUAUCAUCACCCUCAUUCUGAUUGGACGGAUGCUCUGUCCCAAGAAACAGCACAGCCAAUCGAAAGCCUACAGAUCACCCAUUGAGGUCACCGAGGGAGAGGAGUAUGGCAUCAAUCCACCGGGGGCCAAAGAAAAGAGGGUCUCGUGCUGUGACCUAUAUCUGAUGGACUCAGAGGAUGAGGAUGAGUACUACAACAUAAAAAAGAUGCCUCCUAUAGAUGAAGGCUAUGCUGAGUCUCAGUGCUAGAGAACCCUGCUGGUUGGGAGAUGUAACUGCAACAUGCGGACCCGCUGGUGCCUUUUUUUUUUUUAUGAGAAGUACUGAGCGGAAAUCAGUGCUGGAUUCUUCUUUUCCACAGUCACUCAAUGGUGAUGAAGUUUACUUUUUGUGGUGACCACUGUGGAAUACACAUGAAGAAGUGUAUUUUUUUUUUUUUUACGUCUCUCCAGCAUUAUGAAAUAUGUCAAUAAGGAUUUGCCUUUCGUCUAGAAUCUCUUAAAUUCUCCAAGCCUUGUUAAAAACCAGUCAAUUGUUUUGUUGUUUUUUUUAGUGAGCUAUAUAAAAGCAGAUAUCUAAACCCCUAAGGCUGUGGAUAAGAUAUUUUCUGUUUAUUCUGUCUGUAAAGGUCCACAGCUGAUACUAUUCUGUCAACUUACCCUGUACACGCAAACACAAACACACGGACGAGCACUAUAUCUACUUUAUAUCUUAAACAUUCAUCUAUGUGUCACUUUAAAACUUCUUUUUGUGAAGGAGAUGGAUAUGUUUUGUCUAAUUUAUUGCCUGAGCUGUUGAUGUCUUUGUCGAGCUGUAGUGGAACAUUUCUGUUUUAUCUUUAAUAUUUGGACAGAAAAUAAAUGAUUUGAUUUUGAAUGUCA